AUGCCCCAGAUUUUUCCUAGAAAGAAGAAGAAGGUGAUAAAACCAGGACCUGUCACAACAAAAGAUGGAAUUCCGCUAGAUUAUAUCGUUGUCAUCGAUUCGGGCUCUAAAGGUUCCCGAGUUUAUGUAUAUAACUGGUUGAAUCCACAGCAUGCUUUUGAAGCUGGAAUUGAUAUUUCCAUGAAACCUAAGAUCAAACUACAUCGGAGAAUGUCCUUUGGAAAAGAAAGACCCGAGGAUGAUAACUCUGAUCUCGAAGAAUCCGAUACGGACUCGGCCCUUGAGCUGGACCCUAAUUCUCUCGAUUCUACUAAACCGGAUCCGAAACGUACAGUUCGUCUUCCUUUUGUGAAUACGAAGAAACGCUGGCACAGAAAAAUGUCUCCUGGUCUUGCGAGCUUUAAUGAAAGCCCAGGGAAAGUGGGAAACCAUCAUCUUAGUUAUCUUCUUUCGUUGGCAAGCUCUGUAGUUCCCAAAUCGGAACACUACCGUACCCCCAUAUUUUUGCAUGCUACGGCCGGAAUGAGACUUUUGCCUCCUAACGAACAAGAACCGAUUAUGGAAAACGUCUGUCAAUAUUUGCAAUCGAACUCUGAUUUUUACCUUCCUCAUUGUCAAUCGCAUGUGAAUAUUAUAGACGGCGAUACAGAAGGUUUAUAUGGUUGGCUUUCUAUCAAUUAUUUGAUGAAUUCUUUGGACCACCCUGAGGACCACGAUCAUGGAAAAAACCACACGACAUAUGGACUUUUGGAUAUGGGUGGAGCUUCAACUCAGGUAGUUUUCCAGCCUAACACUACAGAGUCAGAAGAGCAUUCCAACAACUUAUAUCACGUUUUACUCCUGGAAAUUCCUAAACUCCUUCCAAAGAACACAACCGUAACCCAGAUGGGUAACUAUCUGAAGCCACAAACUCUCAACUUUGACGUUUACUCUGAUAGUUUCUUGGGUUUCGGUAUGUUCCAAGCCCAUCACAGAUAUAGAAAGCUCUUGUUGGAACAAUUUAGACAUGAGAAUGACUUACCGGGUGAGGUUUAUCUGUUUCGUACUCCGAUUCCAGAUCCUUGCUUACCUAAGGGAUACACCACAAGUGACAUCAUCGAUGAUCACAAUUUAGACUUUGUUGGGGAAAGCAAUUUUGAUAAGUGCCUUCAAUCAAUCUUUCCAGUACUAGCUAAUGCUACCCAUGGCGCAGGAACUGGGACUGAUACUUUCAAUGGAGAUUGUCAGCUGCUUGACGCCACAACCAGCGUUAGCUCAUGUCUUCUUAGCGACUUGAUACCAGCAUUUGACUUUGAUAUUAACCACUUCGUUGGCGUCAGUGGAUAUUGGGAUGCCAUUAACCAGAUUCUUACGACAGAGAGCAUAAGCCACAAGGCAAAUAAAACAGACAAAUACGAUUAUACGCUUAUCUACUCCAAGAGUAAGCAACUUUGUCAGCAGCCUCUACAAGAUCUUUUAACUAUGAAUGAGUUCAACAAGGGAAAAGCCCAUUUACAGCAAGAUGAUUUGGUAGAGCUUUGCUUCAAGUCAUCAUGGAUCCUUAAUUUUCUUCAUGUUGGUCUUGGAUUUCCACGUUUUGGCAUUGAUGACAUUCCAAAUAAGGACGAGAAAUUCAAGCUGCUCCAGUUGGUGGACAAAAUGGGCAGCCGGUCGUUCUCUUGGACUUUGGGCCGCGCCCUUCUUUAUGCCAAUGAUGAAUAUGUACAAGCAUUCAACAAUUAUUCGUCUUCUGUUGGGUCUGAUUCUGACAGUAGUUUGAAGAGGCCAGGGUAUUACUACACCGCGGCUGUGGGGUCUUAUUAUUUUGGAGCGGAGUUCAAAGAUGUUCCUCCUCGCCCUCAGUAUGUUCCUGCUUCACCAGAUGCAAAGUAUAUCUACUACGAUUAUGAGAACUCCUACAAGCAAGGAAAAGAACUGAAAUGGUACAUCAAGCCACACCGGUUUACGGAGAGGUUGUUUUCAUCGUUUUAUUCUUCAUUGCUGUGCUCUUGA